AUGGGAAAAGGAACCAAGAAGGUGGGGAUUGCAGGCUCUUUUGGGGCAAGAUAUGGAUCGACUCUCCGUAAAAGGAUGAAGGCGGUUCUCGAGACGCAGAGAGCCAAGUAUAUCUGCGAGGCAUGUGGCAAGAAGACCGUGAAGAGGGAGGCCGUUGGAAUAUGGAAGUGCAGGUCGUGCAGACGUGUUUUUGCAGGGGGGUCUUAUGCCAAGACCACGCCUGCCGGGAAGAUUUUCAUCAACAUGGUCAAGCAGUACAACACGAAAUAA